UGUAGCUCCAGCAGCACUUUGUCAGAUUUUGGCGUACAUUUAGCACUUAUAUAUCUUUUGCUUGUUUCAUUGUUGGCCUCUUAAGGGGAAGAUGAGUGCGGAGGCGGCGGACCGAGUCGCUGCUGUGACCAGCGGUCGGCCCAGCACACCACUCCAAACUUCCUGGUUUGAGUUCCUCCUGGAUGGCUCCCUUCUGGAGAAACACCUGGAGAAGUCAAACCCUGACCCGACACCAGUGCAGCUGAUCAUCCAGUUCCUGGAGCAGGCAUCCAAACCCUCAGUGAAUGAGCAGAAUCAGGUGCAGCCUCCAGCAGACAACCGCAGGAACCGCACCCUGAAGUUGCUGGCACUGAAAGUAGCCGCACACAUGAAAUGGGAUCUGGAUUUACUUGAGAAAGGCUUGACCAUUCCAGUAUUAAAUAUGUUACUGAACGAGCUCCUCUGUGUGAGCAAAGUGCCACCAGGGGUGAAACAUGUGGACCUGGAUCUGUCCACUCUGCCUCCCACCACGGCCAUGGCUGUUAUCAUCUACAAUCGCUGGGCCAUCAGAACCAUCGUGCUGAGCAGCUUUCCAGAGAAACAGACCAAACCAGGGCCUCACCAAAUGAACAUGUUGAGUGUUGUGCAGCAGGAGAAAGAGAUGACCGACAACAUCCUUACUGUGUUGAAGGAGCAGGCCACCGACUCCAUCAGUGUCCUGGAGGGAGCUCUGCAGCUGAAGAAAGAUUUCUACGUUCACACCCUGAGGACUCUGGAUCUGCUGGCUGCUGAUGCAGCUGCCAACGGAGAGACCGAGUCCUCGACCGCAGGGCUUCGCAUCAGUGCUGAUGAGUUACACUGUCAGGUUCAUUAUGAUUUGGGAGCUAUUUUCUUCCAGCAAGGCUGCACAGACCAGCCAGCAUUUGAAAAAGCAAGGGAUCACUUCAGACAGACAAAGGAACUGUUAAAGAAGCUGGACUCAACUGUACACGUUCACCUGGAUGAGAAGCGUCUGGCCGGCUACUGGAACGCCUGCAAAGCUUUGACUGGAGACUGUGACUCCUCCGACUACCAGACCACUACCUAUGACCAGAUCAACAGUCUGAUCAGGGCGCACAGCUACCAGGCUGUCAUUGAAGCCUUCAUCAAAGACAACGUGACCCAAAUUUUGCCAAACAACUUCAGACGCUCGGUUCUCAGGGAGUUCCUGUACAAAGUCCAACAAGGAGAAACGGGCCUGGAUGAGGUUUGCCACAAGCUGUGUGUUUGCAAUGCUGUCCGAGAUGCUCUAGAAGGAGACGUCCUCUGUGUGCGUUUCCAGCAGGUGCUUCUUAGGCCCAGUAAACGUAUGGUGGACUUUAUUUUAGAGGUGUGCACACGAUCGUUGGAAAAGGAGCGUCCAUCAGAAACAGCCAGAAGAAACAUGGCCAGUUUUAUGAAGACUUUGUGUGAAAGACUGGAGGAUCUGUCUCUGGUGUUUGUGGUGUCCUCUCAUAAGCUCUUCAUGGAGCUGCUGAAGGAGGAGGAGAGGAAGGUCCUGGUGGAGCAGAUGAGGAAGAGAUCAGCCACCAUCAACCUCAGCGCCAAGCCUCUGCCCUCCUUCUAUGACAUUCCAGCUUCAGCGAGUGUGAGCAUUGGGCAGCUCGAGCAACAGCUCAUCCUCUCCCUGGAGCCACGCAGGAUCAGGCAGAUCCUCAUCGAACUCCACGGCAUGGCCGAACGACCCUUCUGGAGGGUCAACAGUAAGUGGGAGGUUCCUCCAGACUACAUUAACGUUAUCCUUGGCAUUAAAGACAACCUGACCAAGGACCUGGUGUACAUCCUCAUGGCCAAAGGCCUCCAUUGCAUAUCAAUAAAGGACUUUGUCCAUGCACGGCAGCUUUUCUCUGCCUGCCUGGAGCUGGUUACCGAGUUCUCCCCGAAGCUGAGGCAGGUGAUGCUGAAUGAGAUGCUGCUGCUGGAGGUCCGUGCACACGAGACGAUGGCGGCCGAGGGCAGCAAGGAGCGACCGCCCCCCGACCUGGUCAGCAGAGUCAGGGGAUACCUGGAGAUGAGGAUUCAUGAUCUGCCUCUUCGUCAGGUGGUUGGUGAGGAGUGUGUCGCCUUCAUGUUGAACUGGAGGGAGAAUGACUACCUGACUCUACAGGUGCCACCGUCUUUGGUCAUGAACAACCCGUACAUCAAGAUCGGGCAGCUCCUGGCUUCCACAUGCAAAGAGCUCCCAGGUCCUAAAGAGUGCCGACGCACUGCCAAGGAGCUCUGGGAGGUUGUGGUGCAGAUCUGCAGCAUGUCCAUCCAACACAAGAGGAACAACGACGGUCGAGUGGGACUCAUUAAACAGAGAGAGUCCUCUAUGGGCAUCAUGUACAGGAGUAAAUUCAUCACUUUCAUCAAGAAACUCAGAGAGCCACUGGUACUGACAACCCUCAUCUCACUGUUUGUGAGGCUCCACAGCAUCGUGCGGGAUGAUAUUGUGAAUGAAGUGACAGCAGAACAUCUCUCCAUCUGGCCAUCUUCUCUCGCCAAUAUACAGGCAGUGGAUGUGGAAGCCGUGGCUGUGACGGUCAAAGAGCUGGUGUCCUACGCUCUCACCCUGAACCCCAACAACCAGUCAUGGCUCAUCACACAGGCUGACAUCUACUUUGUGACCAACCAGUACUCUGCUGCACUGAACCUCUACCUCCAGGCUGGAGCCGUGUGCUCCGACUUUUUCACCAAAGCCGUACCACCUGAUGUUUACACUGACCAGGUCCUGAAGAGGAUGAUCAAGUGCUGUUCGAUGAUGAACUGCCACACACAGGUUGCUGUUCUCUGCCAGUUUCUCAGAGAAGUCGACUACAUGACGGCAUUCAAGGCUCUUCAAGAGCAGAACAGUCAUGACUCCAUGGACUCAUUCUACGACUACAUCUGGGACGUCACCAUCCUGGAAUACCUCACACAUAUUCACCACAAGAGGGGCGAGACUGAAAAACGACAAAUAGCGAUAAAGGCAAUUGGACAGACUGAAUUGAACACCAGUAACCCAGAGGAAGUGCUGCAGCUGGCUGCACAGAAAAGGAAGAAGAGAUUCCUGCAGGCGAUGGCCAAACUGUAUUUCUAAAAGAAAAAGGAUCAUCAGUCAG